CCUCCGCGCGCCACGAGCGCGCCGCCGCCGACCUCGCACCCGAAGCGAAGAUGGGCAACACGGUGCACAGGACCUUGCCAGACUCAAGUCCCCCGGCACGCCUUCUGGCCACCCGGCCCUGCUGUGGCCCUGGCCCAGAGCGGCGCCCAGUCCUGGGUGAAGCGCCGCGCUUCCACGCGCAGGCCAAGGGCAAGAAUGUGCGGCUGGAUGGCCACUCACGCCGGGCCACGCGGCGCAACAGCUUCUGCAACGGCGUCACAUUCACGCAGCGGCCCAUCCGCCUGUAUGAGCAGGUGCGGCUGCGCCUGGUGGCCGUGCGCCCUGGCUGGAGCGGCGCGCUGCGCUUUGGCUUCACGGCGCACGACCCGUCGCUCAUGAGCGCGCAGGACAUUCCCAAGUAUGCCUGUCCCGACCUGGUCACACGGCCCGGCUACUGGGCCAAGGCACUGCCGGAGAACCUGGCCCUGCGUGACACGGUGCUGGCCUACUGGGCUGAUCGCCACGGCCGCGUCUUCUACAGCGUCAACGACGGCGAGCCCGUGCUCUUCCACUGCGGAGUGGCCGUGGGCGGCCCGCUCUGGGCACUCAUCGACGUCUACGGCAUCACCGAUGAGGUGCAGCUCCUCGGUACCCUGCAGUCCAGUCCUGCAACUACAACUCCGUCAGGGUCCUUCAGUGGCUCCCAGGACGAUAGCGAUUCAGAUAUGACCUUCAGUGUCAACCAGUCCUCCUCGGCGUCGGAGUCGUCCUUGGUGACGGCCCCCAGCUCCCCGCUGAGCCCCCCGGUGUCCCCAGCAUUCUCCCCGCCAGAGCCAGCGGGCAGCAAGAACGGCGAGUGCACAGUAUGCUUCGACAGCGAGGUGGACACCGUCAUCUACACUUGCGGACACAUGUGCCUGUGCCACAGCUGCGGCCUGCGGCUCAAGAGGCAGGCACGGGCCUGCUGCCCCAUCUGCCGGCGGCCCAUCAAGGAUGUCAUCAAGAUCUACAGGCCCUAGCCUGGCCCUCCAGCCAGCCUUCGCCGCAGCAAGGUCAUCUUUCUGAAGCUCCCACUGGGCUGGGCCGCCACCAUAGCCAGCAGGGAGUCCAAGGGCAGCAGCCAUCUCUCGUCUGCCACUCUCCAGGGAUGGGCAAGGCGUGACAGUUGUGGAGGGGAGGCCCUGGGGUCUGAGCCCAGGCACAGGUUGCGUCUGGCUCAAAAGUGCUUCGCCCCCAAAAGGCCAUCCUAAGCAAGCUCAGGAACUGCCUGGUCGAUGCGCGUCCCUCGGUGACCUUCCAGCUGGGAACCAGCGCCCUCUGUCUGUGCAAUGCUUCUUUCUGGGGUUGGGUUGCGUGUAUGUGGGGGAAGGGGGGUGGUCACACGAGAGAGAAUGUGAGGAUGAAUGAGAGAGCAGGGAACGCAUAGCUCUUGUA